AUGUCGAUGAAACAUGCCAAGCCCAACUUAAGCCAGUCUCAGGUGGCUGAGAUGGUGAAGAGGCUCUACAAUGUGAUGCCAUCAGAAAUUCGCCAGCUGCCGAGCUUCGAUGACCAGAACUUUUAUGUGGCGGCCAUCGAGGGUGGUGAGUAUGUCCUGAAGAUAGUGAACUCAAAGGACAGUAAGCAGCCUGCUCUGAUCGAGAUGCAGACGUGCGCCAUGUCCUUCCUGCACCAGAAUGGGUUUCCUGCCCAAACAGCACAGCCCACCACCUCAGGACAACUCAUGAGCCUGGAAGAAAUAGAAACUGACUACGGCUGUCAGAAGUACCUGGUGCGGCUGUUGACUUAUUUGCCUGGAACCACUAUUUCCAAGGUUCCUUUAACACCAGAGUUACUGCAUGAAACCGGCAAGACAGCAGCCAGAAUGGACAAAAUCCUACAAGAGUUGGAGCACCCUCAUCUCAGCACCCUGCAGAGAGAGGGGUUCUUAUGGAGCCUGUCAAACAUUCCCCUCCUGGAACCAUAUAUCAGCGUAUUAGAUGGAGAUCCUCUUCAGGAGGUUGUGAAAUCUGUCAUGCAUCAGUACAAGACCUCUGUGGCCCCCAGAUACUGUCAUUUCCGCAAGAGCAUUAACCACGGUGACUUCAAUGACCUCAAUGUGCUUGUGCAUCCUGAUGAGAAUGACGGCUACAGAAUUUCUGGCAUCCUUGAUUUUGGAGACAUGAACGAUGGCUACUACAUCCAUGAGCUAGCCAUUACCAUUAUGUACAUGAUGUUGGAGCACCCUAAACCCAUAGAGGUGGGUGGGCAUGUCCUCGCUGGCUGGGAGAGUGUGCUCCCCCUCAAUGAGGCAGAGAAAGAUUGUCUCUAUGUACUGGUGCUUUGUCGCUUCUGUCAAGCGUUGGUUUUAGCUCGUUACUGUGUGACCCAGCUACCAGAAAAUGCAGAGUAUCUGAUGAUUACGUCCAGGAAGGGCGUCCACAUUCUCCGUCACCUCUGGGAGCUCGGAAAGGAGCAGGUGGAGAAGGUGUGGUUUCAGAGUGCUGCGCAGUUAAGUGACAGAGAGUGA